AUGCUGACACUUCGAUGUGCUUUCAAGAAAUCAUCAAAAUCAUUUUUUUCGAAGUCGCUAUCGAAUCGUUAUAUUUCCAUAAACGCUGGACUUCAAGAUUCACUUAGAAAUGCUCAAGAAUUACCAGUAGUUGUUAUUGGAGGAGGCCAUGCUGGCUGUGAAGCUGCCACAGGAUCCGCUAGAAGUGGUGUUGAAACUUAUCUCAUAACUCAAGACCUCUCAAAGAUUGGUACAUGUUCAUGUAAUCCUUCUAUGGGUGGGGUUGGAAAAGGUACAUUAUUGAAAGAAGUUGAUGCAUUAGAUGGUGUGGCUCCUAAGGUGGUGGAUAAAGCAGGUAUUCAAUUCAGAGUUUUAAAUAGCUCAAGAGGCCCUGCUGUUUGGGGUCCAAGAGCUCAGAUCGAUAGAAAAAUUUACUUGAACGAAAUGCAGAGUGUAUUAAUGGAUUAUGAAUCUUUAAAUUUAAUGCAAGGUCAAGUUAAGGAUAUAAUUAUCGAAGAAACACUGUCUAAAGAGGAACCAAAUGUUAUUAAAGGUAUCAUACUUGAAGAUGGUAGGGUUUAUAGAACAUCAAGAGUUGUUAUAACAACUGGAACUUUUCUAGGAGGUGAAAUUCAUAUUGGAUUAACUGCAUAUCCUGCUGGUAGAAUUGGAGAAAAAGCUACAUUUGGGAUAUCAAAGACCCUAAAGGAUGCUGGGUUUCAACUAGGAAGAUUAAAAACAGGGACUCCACCAAGGUUAUCGUCAAAAACAAUCAACUAUUCCAAUUUAGAAAUUCAACACGGUGAUGAUCCACCUCAAACGAUGAGUUAUAUGAAUGAUAAAGUUUCUAUUGAAAAUCAACUGAAAUGCUAUGCCACUAAGACAACAAGUGAAAUGCAUCAACUUUUGCGCAAUAAUUUGGAUAAAUCUAUUCAUAUUCGUGAAACUAUCAAAGGUCCAAGAUAUUGUCCAUCAAUUGAAAGUAAGAUUAUCAGAUUCCCAGACAAAGAGUUCCACAAGAUUUGGCUCGAGCCUGAAGGAAUAGAUACCGAUGUUGUUUAUCCAAAUGGUAUUUCAGUAACAAUGCCCGAAGACAUUCAAUUUCAAAUGUUGAGACUGAUUCCAGGACUGGAAAAUGUUGAAAUGCUUCAACCUGGUUACGGUGUUGAAUAUGAUUACGUUGAUCCAAGACAGUUGCGUCAAACUUUAGAAACAAAACUUGUUAAAGGUUUAUUUCUUGCGGGUCAAAUAAAUGGUACAACUGGAUAUGAAGAGGCUGCUGCACAAGGUUGUGUUGCUGGUAUUAAUGCUGGGUUAUCAUAUCAAGACAAAGAGCAAUUAAAGUUAUCAAGAUCCAACUCCUAUACUGGAGUGUUGAUUGACGAUUUAAUCACAAAGGGAGUUGACGAACCUUAUAGAAUGUUUACUUCAAGAUCCGAGUUUAGAAUAAGUGUCAGAGCUGAUAAUGCUGACUUAAGAUUAACGGAGCUUGGAAGAAAAUUAGGCGUUGUCAAAGAUGAAAGAUGGCAAAGAUAUGGUUCUGACAAAAUGUUGUUGGACAACCUUUUGGAUGAGAUGAAAUCAGUGACGCUAUCAUCUGCAAAAUGGAGUAAUAUUCUUGAAAUAAAUAUAGGUGAUGGCAGUGAAAAAAAAUCAGCGUACAAUAUGCUGCGCUUCAAUGGUGUUGAUAUCAAAAAAGUUUUGACAGCGCUGGAUAGAAAAUUCAGUAAUAUACCGGAGCGCAUUUUGAAAAAAGUAUCCAUAGAAGGUGUUUACUCACCGUACGUGAAUAGACAAAGUGGUUUCAUUAAGGCAUUCCAAUCAGAUGAAUCUAUGUUUUUACCAUUGAAAUUUGAUUACUCUACAUUAAAAUCAAUUAGUGCAGAAUGCAGGGAUAUUUUGAAUCGUGUCCAACCAGAAACGCUUGGUCAAGCAAGAAGAAUUCAAGGAAUUACACCUGCUUCUAUCUUUGAGCUGUACCGUAUUGUUAGAUUUAAUCAAAAUGAGAUCAAAAGUUCAAGACUAGCCGUCCCUACAUGA